GUUCCGAUUCCAGUUCCAGCAUCCCCACGGAAUAAUAAAUGCCAUUGUUUAUUUGACUUGUUGAGUGCAUGUGCUUGUCCGGUGGCUUCGGGGCCCGAUCGAAGCCCGAAUUAAAGAUACAAUGAUUUUAUGGACCUGGAUCGUUAACAUGUAAUGUGCAUAAAUAAUUUAGACCCACGAAUCCACGCACACACACAGACAUACAUAUAUAAGCCAUAAGUGAUGCGCGAUAGCCGAGAGUGAAAAUUAUUAACUGCGCAAACGCAAACGCGUUUUCUUCACCUAGAACCACUUGAAAUCCCUAUAACAAAGCCCCCCUCCAAUGACGCUGCUCACAUCCUCGCUGCUGCUCUUUUCGCUGCUGACGUCGCGGUUCGAAGCAAUUCCGGUUUUGGAGAAGUCCCCCGCCCAUCCUGCUCAUUCCGGUCACCCCGCACAUCCCUCACCUGGCGUGCGAAUUCUUCGCGCACCCGAAUCUUUGGUGGCUCCCCUGGGAGACGAGGUGGUGCUAGAGUGCGAGACCAGUUUACAACCAGAGCGCUUCGACUGGAGCCACCGGUCCAGCAAAUCUCCAGGAUCCGCGUUCAAGUACCUCAGAACAGGCACGGCCAAGGCGAAUGUCUCCCAGGAGGCGGCCAUCUCGCGGCUGAGGGUGCUCGUCCGACCAGACACUUUUGGAGAGUACAGAUGUAUUGGCUCGUUUGGCCCAUUGGUGGUCACCUCCACCACAGCCCGGUUGGAGCUGGCUAGCACAAGUAUUAAGGGAAGUCAGGAAUCGGAGUCACCCCUUCAAUGGCGAGUGGAAGCUGGGAAUUCUGUACUGUGGUCUUGCGGACAGCAGGUGCAAUCUAAUCCAUCGGCCAGUUGGUCUUAUUAUCGAAAUGGAGUAGAGAUCAAACCAGAACUCGUCGGAACAAAUGGAAAUCUCUUUCUGAGCAAUGUAUCGUCUGAGUCCUCGGGCACUUACUCAUGCCAAGCCACAAAUCCCGCCUCUGGUGAGAGAAUCCAGCUUACCGGGUCACUGCAUCUGCAGGUUACACCAAAUCAGAAGUCCCACAGUAAAGCUCCGCAUUUGCUUAAAGGACAGCCAACUGCCCAAGAAAUAACCAUCCGCGAAGGAAGUUCGUUGAUGCUGUUAUGCCCUGGGAUUGGCUCUCCACCGCCAACUGUGGUCUGGAGCAGUCCUGAUGUUGUGGGAGCAGUUAAAAACAAGCGUUCAAAAGUUUUUGGACAUGCUUUAGAGAUAUCCAACAUUCGGGCCCAUGAUGCUGGGACAUAUAUAUGCUUCCAAGAUAACGGAGUGCGUCCUGCGCUGGAACACUACAUACAGUUGCGCGUGGAGCAACCUCCUAAGAUUGUUCGGCCACCCUGGGCAGAUCUUACCAACGAAGGCGAACGAUUACAGCUGGAGUGCGAGGCAACCGGAGUACCUAAGCCAGAGAUCUACUGGCUGAUCAACGGUCACAGCAGCCUUGAUGAUACGGAGGCUGAACUGUCCAACAAUGCCCUGAUAUUGCAUAGCGUCUUAAAGCGCCACGCCGGCUAUGUCCAGUGCUUUGCUCGGAAUAGUCUAGGCGAGCACAGUGCGGGCACCCUGCUUCAAGUUAAUCCAAAGCAAAUUCAGGAACCGCGUGAAUCUGGAGGAACCCACCGUCCGAAGCCCAACCAGGGAACCAAACAGAAACAGAUGUAUCCACCGUCCCCUAAUGUGACCCGACUGACCGAUGAAUCCGUGAUGCUCCGCUGGAUGGUGCCCCGAAACGAUGGGCUGCCAAUUGUUAUUUUCAAGGUGCAGUAUCGAAUGGUUGGCAAGCGCAAAAACUGGCAAACCACCAACGAUAAUAUACCCUACGGAAAGCCUAAAUGGAACUCCGAGCUGGGCAAGAGUUUUACAGCCUCGGUAACGGACCUUAAGCCUCAGCAUACCUACCGCUUUCGGAUCCUGGCCGUUUACUCCAACAACGACAAUAAGGAGAGUAAUACAUCGGCUAAAUUUUACCUCCAGCCAGGAGCAGAAUUGGAACCGAUGCCAGUGCCGAGGCUGUUGGAGAUUGAGGAAUACUCGGAAACGGCGGUGGUGCUGCACUGGAGUUUGGCUAGUGAUGCAGAUGAACGUCUGAUCACAGGUUACUAUGCCUAUUAUCGCCCAUCGUCUUCGGCUGGCGAAUAUUUUAAGGCUACCAUUGAAGGAGCGCAGGCGAGGAGCUUUAAAAUCGCCCCCCUGGAGACCGCAACGUUCUACGAGUUCAAGCUGCAAUCCUUUAGUGCAGUCUCCGCAUCGGAAUUUAGUGCCCUGAAACAAGGACGCACCCAGCGUCCCAAAACUAGCACCACGGAGGAGCCUAUCCAGCAGAUGGGCGACCGAGAUACGACCACUCCCAGUCAUAAUGAGACCUUUAACAUGAGUCCCAUGCUGACGGGCACAAUUGGAGGCGGAGCAGUUCUUAUUCUGCUUCUGAUCAGCACUUGUUUGUGCGUCUGCCGACGACGGAGUUCCCGUGGCAGAGGAAACAAUCCAAACAAGCCACGAAUGGCGGAGCUAAGAGACGACUUCGUGCCCCUGGGAAACUGUUCGCCCACCAAACAGCGUCAGAGAACCCGACACAUACAUAUCACCUUGAAUCCGUUGGCUCAACAGCAGCAGCAGGCGAUGGAGGAGAAAAACGAAACCGACCAGGAUUCGACUUACUAUCAGCGGCAGUCAAGCUACGACUACGAUCCGGGUCAGAGGAGGAUGUCCUCCUCAUCACUACGUCGCUCACAACGCACGCUGGAACGUGCUGGUGGCAGUAAUGGCUCCAACAACGGCAACAAUAACAAUCUAAACCAAUCCGCAGAGACGGGUCCAGUCGAAAAUUCCGGAAAGCCCGGUCGAGUACUAAUGAAGCGUCCUCGGUUGUCCAGUCGCUCCGAGAACCUCUCUUCCGGCAGCCUCAACAGUGUGGGCGUUUAAUCGCAAUCUCGUGAUCUUUAGUCCGUACAUCCCUACGCCCGAUGUAUUAUGCUAUUCCUCUACCUCUGUUUUAUCUACAACUUUGAAUGACAAAACCUUUGCUGAUUGUACUUAUACGAAUAUCACCUAGAGUUAAGGUACUUAAAUAGACAUUACUAGAUUUAUGCAUGCAUGAUCGUUUAAGAACAUAGCAUUAUGUCCAUUUUAUUGUAAGUCUUCCAUGUUUCGCGAUAAGAUCAAAAUCUGUACUGAUAGCUUCUAAAUGACCUUUACAAAAAUGACAAUAAAGCUUGUAGCUUCAUCUUUUGAC